AUGAGAUCAUGGAGAGCAUGGACAAUCGUCCUUGUCAUCAUUUUUAUUUCGUUGAAUAUCUAUUAUUGGAGAAGUUUCCAAUGCACAGAUCCCAAAUUCUCUCCUCCGACGCAGCCAGACGUUCAACCUCAACCUGUUGUUCCUUUACCACCACCAUCAACUCCUCUUCCUCCUCCUCCACCACCACCACCUCCACAAGGAUUACCUGGAUUUGACACCAGCCCUAUUGAAGAAGCUCAUUUAGAAGCCCAUGUCGCAACUAAUCCUCAACCACUGAAUGAGCCAAAUACUCAUUAUCCAGAUACCCACACCAAAUCUAGUCUUGAUUUGAAUACAAUUGCUCCUACCGCAGAUGACACAACCUAUCGGUUAACAGUACAAGGGCUAAAAUACGCAUCUUCUGGAGAUUUAUGGCAAUUUGGCAUUGUACGAUCGCAUAAAGUAUCCCCUAUCGAUUUUGGUCAUUUCUGUACUUAA